AUGCCUUCAAUGAAUCCAACUACAAGUCCAAUGACUAUAAAAGAUGGUAAGGAGAAUGAGGUCUCUACGACGACAAUUGAACAAUCAAGGGCACAAGAGUUUAACGGAGCUUUCAACGAAGAUGAUUAUGUUGACGUCCCUCCAGAUGGAGGUUAUGGGUGGCUUUGCUGUGCUUGUGUCACAGCAAUGAACUUUGCAACAUGGGGUGUCAAUUGUAGCUAUGGUAUAUUUUUAUCCUUUUAUUUAAAAAAUGAUGUUUUCCCCAAAGCUACCCCUACAGAUUAUGCAUUGAUAGGUGGAUUAAUUGUGUUUUUAACAUUAAUUUUAAUACCGUAUUCUGCAGUUUCAUUGAUAAAGUUUGGAUAUAGAGUAACUGCAUCCAUUGGUAUUAUCAUUCAACUAGCUGGGUACAUUGGUGCAAGUUUUUCUACAACCAUUGGGCAACUUUAUGUUACUCAGGGUAUUUUGAUUGGGAUAUCUUAUGGAUUUAUAUUUGGAGCAAAUUCUAUUGUCCUUCCAUCUUGGUUUUUAAAGAAAAGGGCAUUGGCAAAUGGUAUUUCACAUUUUGGGAAUGGAUUAGGUGGUGUUGUAUUUACUUUAGCCAUUAACAAAUUAAUUAUCGAAACCGGUGACCAAAAAUGGGCCCUUCGAGUGCUAGCUAUAGUCUCAUUUGUUAUUUGCACUGUUGCAAUGCUCCUUGUUAAAAUUAGAAUACCACAAAACAGCUCAUUUAAGGAACCUAAUAAUAACACCACAAUGAAGAUUUUCAGAAACAUUUUUGAUUAUAAAGUGUGGAAAAGCUUCCCAUUACAACUAGCAACUAUUUGGACAAGUAUUGGAACAACAGGUUAUGUGAUCUGCCUAUACAGUUUAUCCAAUUACACUUUAAGCAUGGGGUUCAGUCAACAUCAAGCCAUGGUAGUUACAGUGGUGUUGAAUGCAAGCCAAGCUGUUGGAAGGCCCAUGAUUGGAGUUUUAAGUGAAAAAUGUGGUAGAGUCAACUUUACAACUUUCGCAACUUUUUUCACAUGCAUUAUUGUUUUUGUUUUUUGGAUCAAUUUGAAAUCAUAUGGUGCAUUAAUUAUUUUUACAAUUUUGCUAGGAUUCUUUGUUGGUAUAAGCUCUGUAAAUGUUGUUCCUUUAGUCGUGGAUGUUGUUGGAUUAAAUUCGUUUGCUAGUGGGCUUGGAUGGGCAAACUCAUUUGCUGCUAUAAUGUCAUUGGUUUCAGAAGUGAUCGCUUUGAACCUCAGAGAUUAUUCAUUGGUUGAUCGGAAUCCAUAUUUCCACUGUCAGAUAUUUGUUGGAGCAAUGUAUUUUGUUGCAUUCUUGGUAUUAAUUCCUUAUAGAGAAUGGAGAAUCAAAAGAAUGAUAAAUCAAUUAAAAAAUUCCAAAAAUUUAACUGAAUCUGAAAGGGAGCAGAUAUUUACAAAGAGCAUUCUAUAG